CAUACCCCGUGCCGCUCUUCCCAUGUCCAUCUCCCAAGGCCUCUUUGAAGACCUUCUCCGACUCUCCUAUUCCCAUUCAUCCGCUUUUUCCUCUCGCCACCUUUCCAUUCCCUGAUUCCUUCACAAAACCUAACCUUGAGCUUAGGAGAAAGGGAGAAGGGAAAGGAAAGGAUAGGUGGAGAAAGAAAGGUGAAGCGAGGCAAUAAGGAGUAAUAAAGGUAAAGAGAUAAAAAGGGUUGCUCGCUGGUUUUGGUCAAAGAUGAUGGUGGAAAAGGAGGAUCUCGGGCUCAGCCUCAGCCUGAGCUCGCCGGAGACUCGGUUCCCUCUCCAGCUCAAUCUCAUGCCGACUUGUUCUUCUUCAUCUCCUUCUCCUCCGCCGCCGCAGCCGGCGCCGUUCCUUCUCCACAACAAGUCCCAAUGGAGCGAUCUCCUCAACCCCUCAGAGAGAAGAACGGAGGGACCGCUGCUGAGAGGAAUCGACGUGAACCGGGCGCCGGCGGCGGAGAGGGAGAGCGAGGAGGAGGCUGGGGCGUCGUCGCCCAACAGCACGGUUUCCAGCGUCAGCGGGAAGCGCGGGGACCGCGAGGUCCCCGGCGCGGAGGAGCAUGAGGCGGAGCGCGCCUGCUCCCGUGGGAUCAGCGACGAGGAGGAUGGCGAGGGCUCCCGUAAGAAGCUCCGCCUCUCCAAGGACCAGUCCGCCAUCCUCGAAGAAAGCUUCAAAGAGCAUAACACCCUCAACCCCAAGCAGAAGCUCGCGUUGGCCAAGCAGCUCAAUCUAAGACCAAGACAGGUGGAGGUCUGGUUUCAGAACCGAAGGGCGAGGACGAAGCUGAAGCAGACGGAGGUGGACUGCGAGUUCCUCAAGAGGUGCUGCGAGAAUCUCACAGAAGAAAACAGAAGGCUUCUGAAGGAAGUCCAGGAGCUGAGGGCUCUAAAGCUAUCGCCUCAGUUCUACAUGCACAUGACCCCCCCGACCACCCUCACCAUGUGUCCUUCAUGCGAACGUGUCUCCAACUCCACCAAUACCGCCGCCGCUUCCACUCCGUCCACGGUGCCGCCGCCACCCGAUCACCACCCUCUCCUCCACCACCACCGCCCGAUCCCCAUCGCCCCUGCCCCUCCUCCGACUCCCUGGGCCCCGAUACCGCUUCGUCCGUCUUUUCUCGAUGCCACCCUUCAGCGUACUUAAAACCGAAAACCAAACUCACCUCCAUUACCACCAUGGUGUGGUCUAUUUUGGCGCUGAUAGAUCUUGGCGUAGAUUUGGUUGGAUACUUGAGUGGAUACGGUGAGAAGAUUACCAUGGAUGCCGUACGUACAUUAUGUUUAAGCAUUUUAAUGAUGUCUAUGAUGUUGAUGGGUGGGUGACUGACGGAAGGAGACACUUCAUCAACUUUUCCUUUAUUUUUUUUUGACGAGGGGAAUUCCUUGGCCUAUCUCGUAGCUUAGUUUCCCAUCUACAUUCUUUUUUUUUUUUUUGUUUGUUUUUGCCCCGUUUUUCUCUAUUUUAUUUGGGGAGAUACUGUAGCGGAUCUAAAGAGGUAGUGUGCGUAUCUCGGACUCUCGCUCUCUCUCAGUCAAAAAGUCUUAAAAAAAUAUAAAAAUGUCAUGUUCCUUUUAAUUUGUGAGAACUGGAACUUGUAAAUCAUGUAAAGGGCUUCCUACUUUCCCAUGUCCCCCUCCUUUCUUUCUUUUUUUUUACAUUAUUUUUGUUCACUGUGUUCUCGAUGCUAUCAUAAAUUAUUAUUCGC